AUGAGCAACGAAUCGGCGAAUGAGGUGUCGAUGGAUGGCAGCCAUCAGCAGAUGAACGGCACGAAUGGCACCACUAAUGGCUCGGCGCUCAAGACCACGUCCACCGGCUAUGACACCAUCGACUCGGCCAUCGCCCUCAAGAACCACUGCAACCAUAGCCAACACCCGAUCACUAACCACACCAACCAUUUGGUGAGCCCUAACGCCAACCCCUCGAUCGCCACAGUCUUCGGCGACACGAAUGGCAUUCAUUUGGAUGCGACGGACGAACCCAUGGCUUCCGAUUGCGACGAAAGCAAUGAUAAUCACAUUUACGACAACAACAGGUCAUCGGUGGUCAUGACUAACGGCGAUAUCAAUGAUAACGACGACAUCACCACUGAUGGAGAUCUGGUGAUCGACGAGAAUGUGGUGAACGACCAGUUGUUGCCAUCACACGAUGACGUGAGCCUCUGGAUGAAUGAGUCCAACGGACAGCCAUUUGGUCCCAAGACAUGGGAUGAGACCGUAGACCAAGACGGGGAUAUGAUUACCAGUAAUGACACCACUGUUGAUGUGUCUGACAAUAAGGACAUUAGGACUAACUAUUCUGAG